AUGUCGAUUUCAAACGAUGGAAAACGUAUGAGAGGAAAUAAUGAAAGAAGAAUUAAAAGAGAUAAGCCAUAUAAUAAAAGAAAGAAACAAGCAGGGUCAUCAGAAGACAUACUCAAUGACCAAUUAGAGAAAAUAUUUGAUAGAGUUAUAUUACCUGAUGAACUAGUUGAAAUAAGAUAUGAAGUCAUGGAACGUGUUGAACAUGUAUUAAAUCUAAAUUACGUUGAUUUUAUGUUUAAAGGACAAGUGUACGGAUCAACCCAUUAUGGUCUAUGUCUAAAAGAUGGUGAUUUAGAUAUCUGUUGUACUAGUCAGUCAGGAAGACAAGUAAGCCCUGUUGUAUUAGAGUCAUUUGCGGAGUGUUUUAAGAGAAACAAAUUUGAAGUAAAGAAUGUUAUUGAGACUGCAAAAGUUCCUAUUAUCAAGAUGAUUGAUUUAGAGACUAAAGUAAAAAUUGAUUUAUCAUUCAAUCAACCUGUGGCUCAAAUACACUCAGAAUUCUUUUAUACAAUGAUUGCUUGCAUUAAACAUUUUAGGAUUGUUGCGGUAUUGUUAAAAUAUUGGUUAAAAAUACGGAAUUUGAAUUGUCCAUUUAAAGGAGGACUGUCAUCAGCAGCUCUAUGUUUUAUGAUAUGUCACUAUUUUACAACAUUUGACCCCCCAUUAUUUCCUUCUGAUUUUCGAUAUUACUUAGUACCUCCAUGUGAAUUAAGGAUAUUAGGAUCUAAAUUACCAGCACAAGUAACAAUGCAACAUACUCCAGCAAGUUUAGUUAAAGGGUUUUUUGAUUAUUAUAAAAAUUUUGAUUAUGACUACCCUAUUCAACCAACACUAGGUGAAUUACCUGAAAAUUACUUUCUUGUACCUGCGGUUAUGACGGUAUUAGAUCCUAUUUCACUUGUAAAUUGUACUAAAGGAGUUUCAAUGGAUGGACUGAAGGCAUUAAAAAUGGAACUAACACGGGCAAGUAAAAUAUUAAGUGAAGAGAAUGAUUUCAAUAAGUUACUAGAAAAACCUGUACCCUUUCCUGAAUAA